GGGUACCUAAGGUAUGUACUUACCACAUUUGGACUAACUAGGGAGAAGUAGGGCGGUUAGGCACGUGACUAACACAUGUUGUAUGGUUACCUAACCAUACAGUUACUAUCCUAGACAGAAGUCUUGGAAAUUCAAACCAUCUGCCUUGUAAUACACCCACUUCAUACCUAUCUGUUGUCUAAAAUGUCAUCUUAUCUUGGGACACUUUUUGCGAAACCACACAAGUGGGCCGCCCUCCAUCGAGAUCUCCUACGAGUCAAGGAGGAUCAAGUCUCUUCUGAGAGAUUAGUUGGCUCCACAUAUCUGCCGCAAGAUGGCGAUCAAGAAUUUGAAGCUAUCGCUGCGGAUUUUGCCAAACCAACAAGAGAGGAUUUUCUUGACGGCACGAUCUUAUUUAAUUGCAGAGAGAGUCACUUCUGGAGUGUCUUUGACAUGCUCAGACCGAUGAUGCGACUGGAAGAAGAAGCAGAAGGAGACCAACCUGACAGCCAAUAUUUUCGAAUGUCGAAAUAUACAAUGGGAUAUCUCAUCAAUGUUCUUCUUGCGCAGGUCCACUUAAACACAGGGUUUGUUUUGCUUCGAGACUCGAAGAUCAGUUUUCACAUCCAUUCCUGCGGUGUUAAGGGUACUUUGAAGCCUGCAGGGGUUCUCAGCAGGUGCUCUGACCUCAGAAACAAAAUAACGCUUCCACUUGCCACGUUUUCGAAAAAUAAAGAUACCAUCUGUCACGAAAUCCCGCAAAUCCUCAUACAGGCUGUAUUAAUGUUCCAACAGAAUCCAACACUUAAAACCUACCAGCCAUUCGCACUCCGGGUCGAUGGAACUAAAAUUCAGCUUAGCUCUGCCCCAAUACCUCAAACAUACAUCCAGGACCUCAGUCGCGGUAGUCCACUUACUGGAGAGCUUACAAUUCUUCACUCUGUGGCUUAUGAUCUACGGAACCCCGAGGAGCGAAGGGAGAUCUCGAGACUUCUUGUUGGUCUUCUGAGACGCCUUGAUGCUGCAAAUUUUUAAAUAUUUAACAUAACACCGCUCCUUGCCAAAUUGCGAUUCGUGGAGAAUCCUUCAGACACCCUGAUAACCCUAUAACUUUUUGCCGGAUGCUCCUUCCGUCGCAACAGGGAUGUCUUAUAAAUUGCAGCCAUCCGUUGUUCGUUCCUCCCAUUGGCCUUC